AUGACGAGAGAACCGCCGACUUCAUCUCUGAACCCAGUAAAGGUCGACAUUGUUAGCGACAUUGUUGGUGACCUUGCGAGAAAGGCGCUCGUAGCCAUCCACGGCGAGUCGCUGCUGGCUUAUUGCCGAGGAGCCAACGUCGACUACAACUGUAAGGGCCUCCAUGCUGUCCAUGCCGUCGAGGCGUUCCUACCCAAGCUGCGCGAUCGCGGAUGCGACUUGCACGUCUUCUGGUUUGAAACGGAACAUGAGAAGUUUGGCGCGCUCUCGGUAAAUAUGGAGGAUACAUGGUACAAAUACCGACUCGCGUUCCGUGCUCAUUGA